GCAUUGUCAUGAUCGCUCACCUUAAUCGCUCGCGAAUUACCCAGUAAUUCCUUCGCAGUUAACGAAUUAGAUGGUUUUCCGUCGAAUAAUUUCAUCCUUGGAAAGGGAUUUUCUCUCUGAAGGCAUGUUUCUUUGUUUCCUCUCCGCAUUGAGUAAGAUUCAAGGAAGCCGGCUAAGAUUUUUGAGAGGCGGAAGCUCCAAACUUGAAGGAAUAUUUCGAUUUUGUCCUCAGUUCGAGCUUUUCAACUGUGAAAGACAAGCAGAAAGUUUGCUAAUACAAACUGUUUGGUGAUAUUGUUCAAUACAGUUGAAAAACAAUUGCCGUAAGGAAAGCUGUAUAUUUGUAUGCCUGCUGGCUCUUUUCAUGUUCACUUAUUAACGAUGGAUGGUUGCAACAUUUACGUGGAAGGAUAACAUAUCUCUAGAACUUGAAAGACUCUUUUUCAGAGUGCUCGCUGAAUUAAGUGCACAGAUUUAUUCUGUUUGGAGAGAUAUAGACUUUGAUGUGUUGCAAGUAAUACUUACUGGAACGGAUCGAAUUAAACUUAUUUGGUUAUUUUUUUUAGUAGACCCAAUUGCAUUCCCGGGUUUUUUUCCUGUCGAUGAUUUAAUCAUGAGGCCAACACGUAUGUUUUGCUCAAAUAUGCUAAAAACCCUCGAGGGAUGUUCAAUCGAUAUUUAAAGAGUAUUUUACUUGCAUGACCCUGACUGCAUUUGAAAUAUUCGUGAUGUAUUUCGUUGACAUUUGAAACAUUCUUUUCACCUUCGAGGUAGAAUCAUAAAUGACUUAAACGCCAGUCGAUAUUGCGGAGUCUUCGGGUCAAAACCAAUGCUUUCUUACGAUUCGAGAUUCUUUUUUUUAUAAGUAGGGCUUGCCUGAAAUCCUUUGUAUCAUUUUGAUGAGAUAGCGCAUACUGCAACGAUGGAGAGAGACGAAACUUUUCUUUAUCCGGGUACAUACUCAUUCCAAGGAGAAUUGAAAAAUAAAAGUCUUGAUUACCUUCUUGCUCUGCUAAACCUGAGCGAUGCCAAAGACUUUCUGGAUUUCUAUGACUAUGACUUCCAUUCCAUCGCACACGAUCUAUCACCCACAGCUGAUAUCAUCUUAAUCACCUGCUACACCAUUAUCUUCGUGCUUGCGUUGGGCGGGAAUCUUUUGGUGAUCUUCGUGGUGGCGCGAAAGAAGUACAUGCAGACAGCCAUUAAUAUCUUCUUUGCUUCGCUAGCCAUAUCUGAUCUUCUAAUCGCUGUAUUCUGCGUCCCUUUCACGCUAAUUGAAGCCAUCACGGUAGAUUGGGUGCUAGGAUCAUUCAUGUGUAAGGCUCUCAACUAUGUCACAUCUGUUGGGGUUGUCUCAAGUAUCCUUGCCAUGAUGUCCAUUGCGGUAGAGCGCCACCAAGCAAUCUGCCAUCCUUUGCGCUCCAGAGUCAUCCAGACGCCUCGUCGUGCUGUCUUCCUGCUGACCUUCCUCUGGAUCAUGUCAAUGACCUUUGUCUCGCCAUUUCUCUUCGUGCUUCAACUCGAAAUCAAGAUCGACCCCAUGACUGCGACACGUUACCGAUUUUGCAGAGAACAGUGGUACAACCCCCAACAGCAGAAGAACUACACUCUGCUACUCGUCCUCCUGCUCUACGUAUCGCCCUUAGUUAUCAUGAUAGUUCUUUACCUACAGGUUGUCCACAAGCUCUGGAUCCGGAAGCCGAUCGUUCCUGCUGAUUCAGUCCUGACGCAGAACCCAGGAAUCAACACGGCUACAUCCCUUCGGUACAAGAAGCGAGCCAUCAAGAUGAUCCUCAUGGUGGUCGGUCUAUUCACUGUCUGUUGGCUUCCGUAUCACGUCGUCCUUCUAAUGCGGGAGUUCUCCUUUAUGGCGGACGGUGAAAGGAACCGACUUCUGUUCGCCGCUGUUCAGUUGGUGGGUCUAAGCAAUAGCUGCAACAACCCCAUCGUGUAUGCGUUUCUCAAUGACAAUUUCAAGAGAAAUUUCGCAAAGGUACUUUGUCGCCGUCGAAAAUUUGCAAAUUUCAAAGGCUCAGCAAACAAUAACGUCAAUGUCAAACCAUUUGCGUUGGCCACCAUAUAACUUAAUGAAGUUUCUUGUUUAUUUUGAAUGACACUACUUGUAUUAUUGCACAGUGGAGUCAUCUGGGGAGCGUUUCAUGAAAGGACUUGUCGGACGUUUUAUCUGACAAGUCCCAUUUUAUCCGACAGU